UUGCUUUUCCGUUCCGUCCGAAUUGUGGGGACAGAACGAGAGACGAGGUGACGGUGCUUCAGCCUCUGCCUUCUGGUUCUUAUUUCCCUUUUCAGCUCACCCGCAAGGGUUUUUCGAAUAAAGUGGCCAGAGUUUUUUGGGUUAAGCACAGAGUCAUUACAGUUACUGAAGAUGAAAAAGGACGAAAGAAAAUAAGAAAGAAACCAACUUUGAUUGGAGGGUUUCACCAUAGUCUUGCUUUGGGUUCCAAUUCUAGAAACCCAGUAUUUUCACGUGAUAUAUUAUAUGAUAAUCUUGCCGUGGGUAACAUUUUCAGCCCUUCAAUCAAAUAUGAACACAUGAUUCGAGUUGUGAUAUUGUGCUUCGUGCGCUCUCUCUUGUGGGAUUGUAGUUUCUUGCGAAGAGCCGAGGACUUGGUGCGGCAUACUUUGGGCUUACUUCUGCACAUCUCGAUUCGGUUGUGAGGAUCACUUUCUUUGCAUUCGGAUCUUGGCGUGCUGUGACGAACGUUGCUUCGCUUUCCUCAUUAUUGUUGGGCUGGUUUUUCCCGGAGUUUAAAUAAGAUCGAAGGUAAAAAAGUUGGCAUUGUAAUUGGAAAACCUCUGUUGGACUGUUGCAUGCAGGGUUGUUGAUGGAUGUUUGAUUCAUCAUAGAAGUCUUUCUUCUUCUGUAGCUAUAUUCAUUAGGCACAAAAUUGGGAGCUUUCUACUGGAAAAGCUAAUACUGUAAAAGGCUAGUGUUAAACUGGCUACUUGGAAUGGUAUGUUUAAGAUAUAGGUGACAGGGUGGCGGAAGAAUCCUAUCAACGAGAUAAGAUGAGUUCCAGCGUCACCGGAAGCUUGGUCUGCAAAGGAAAGCUCUUGGUUCAUAUUGCUGAGAAUGGUCGCUCUUUUGACUUGGAUUGUGAUGAAACCGCGCUUGUUGAGGAAAUCAUGCGAGUUAUUGAAUCUCUUUCUGGGAUUAACUUUAAUGAUCAAAUUGUCCUCUAUUUGGAUAUGAAGCUUGAGUCACAGAGACCGCUUUCUGCGUAUAAGCUUCCAUGCGAUGACGGAGAAGUGUUCAUUUUCAAUAAAGCAAGACUCCAGAGCAACUCAUUGCCUCCUCCACCAGAGCGAGUUGACAUUGACGAUGUUGUGGCGCCUCCAUCACCGUCCUCAUCUCAUAAUCCCCACCCUCUGGAUGAUGCUUCAGACCCUGCUACGAAGGCCUUACCUUCAUAUGAGCGGCAAUUCAGAUAUCAUUACCAAUGUGGUUAUGCAAUUUUCAGACGUUCAAUAAUGAAAUAUGAGCAUUGUGAGAGGCUUCUGAGAGAACAGAUGGUUCAAGAGAGAGCAGUGGAGGUUGCAAGGGGUAACUUGGAUCAGUACUAUCGGGUGAUUAAUCAAAACUAUGGGGAUUUCAUGAAACGUUAUAUGCAGCAACGCCACAUGCAUUCUGACCUUGUGGUGAAUUUUGGGAGGAAUGUUGAAAAACUAAAAUCCUGCAAACUUCAUCCUGCUUUACAAACUCCUGCCUGCAAAUGCUUGAUGGAUUUUGUGAAGGAAGAGAACCUACAGAAGUCGGUGGAGAUUUGUACCAACUCCCACAAGCAGUUUGAGAAUAAGGUUUUACAAUUUAAGCAGGCAUUUAGUGGAGUGAAGCAGAGGGUUGAGGGAUUGUUGUCUGUCAAAGAUGUCUUGUCCAUCAAGAAUUUAGAACAAACAAUUAAUGAACACCAGAAAUAUAUAAAUGAGCAGAAGAGUAUCAUGCAAUCUCUCAGCAAAGACGUUAACACUGUAAAGAAACUGGUGGAUGAUUGUGUGUCCUGCCAGUUGUCUUCCUCAUUUCGUCCUCAUGAUGCAGUUUCAGCCUUGGGUCCUAUGUACUAUGUUCAUGUCAAUGAUCACUUGCCUAGGAUGCUUACUUGUGAUCAGGCUAUUUCCAAGCUACUUGACUUUUGCAAGAAGAGGAAGAAUGAAAUGAACACAUUUCUGCACAAUUACAUGCAAAACAUAACUUAUGCUUCCUAUCUCAUCAAAGAUCAGAAGCUACAGUUUCCUGCCUUCAAAGAGGCAAUGACACGUCAGGAUAAUUUAUUUGUGGACUUGAACUUGUUCUAUGGUAUUGGCCCUGCAUAUAGAGCUUGCCUUGCUGAAGUAGUGAGACGAAAGGCUUCUAUGAAGCUGUACAUGGGCAUGGCUGGGCAAAUGGCUGAAAGGCUUGCCACAAAGCGGGAAGUUGAGGUCAGAAAACGGGAGGAGUUUCUUAGAGCACACAGUCCAUACAUACCUGGGGGUGUAUUAGAAUCUAUGGGAUUAUUUGACAUCCCUAACCAAUGUGAAGUUAAUAUAACUCCAUUUGAUGUUGGUUUGCUUGAUAUUGACAUAGCUGAUGUGGAUCGUUAUGCUCCAGAGUAUCUAGCUGGAGUAGCAUCUAAGCUGGAGAAGCAUGGAAACUUUAAAGUUUCAUCUGCUUUGUCUACUUAUAGCUCUCACUCAACUGAGGCUGUGGAAAUUGCUACUGGCUCUUGUACAAGGUAUUAUUCUGAGCAUGAGGACCUUCUUGAUGGCAGUGAGUUGGUUGAAAUUGCUGGAACUAGCAGGUUGGAAGUUGAGAAUGCAAAACUAAAAGCUGAGCUUGCUUCUAGAAUAGCCUUAAUUUGUUCUCUCUAUCCUGAGGUAGAGUAUGAGUCAUUAGAUGAUGAUAGGGUGGAUAGUAUACUGGAGACUGCUGCAGAGAAGACAACUGAAGCGUUGCAAUUGAAAGAUGAAUAUAUCAAACAUAUUGAAACCAUGCUUAGGAUGAAGCAGAAGCAAUGCAUCUCAUAUGAGACACGCAUUCGAGAAUUGGAGGAGAAAUUGUCUGAUCCGUAUUUUCUGGGCCAGAAGAAUUCCAGUGUAAAUGAUGCAGCUGAAUUUGCCCUACGAUCUGGGAAGAAAAAUGAUUGCAAACCAGGAUUUGUGAGAGGUGACGUUCACAUUCAUUGCUUAUCAACUACUGAAUCUAUGGAUGAGAUUUCAUGCAUCUCAAGUCCCUUGGGUGCAAAACUUGGUCCUUUCACAGAACACAGAGGGAAAGCUAUAGAUGGAGUGGAUGAAAGCAUGUUAGAUUCCUCUAGAUUACAGAACGAACAGUGGGAUUCUCCUAUGGUGGAGCUUCAUCAUGAAGAAAGGCAAGGUGGUAAAGAUAGGAAUGAUAAGAUAGUAGGACAAUUGUAUAUGUCAAUGACAAACAGUUCUACUGCUGAGAGCAUGCCUUCACCCCAGGAUCUUGAACCAUGCAACUCAGCAGUUCCUCCACACUUGGAUUCUAAAGUAAAUGGUGAUUAUUUGUUGGAACUACAAUAUUCACUUGCAGACAAGACAAGCCAAUUAAACAAAACUGAAAUGAAGCUUAAAUCUGUUAUGGAAGAGGUUCCCUUGCUUAGAAGGGAAUUGGAAGCAAGUCAGAAUCUUCUUGAUGAAUCCCAGAUGAAUUGCGCUCAUUUGGAGAAUUGCUUGCAUGAGGCAAGGGAGGAAGCUUUAACACAAAAAAGUUCUUCUGACAGAAGAGCCUCAGAAUACAGUUCACUGCGUUCAUCAGUUCUUAGAAUGCGAAGCCUUUUUGAAAGACUCAAGAACUGUGUUUGCUCUCUUGGUGGUGUUGCUGGUUUUGCUGAUCCCUUGCGGGCUUUGGCCCAAUCUUUAGCCAAGUCUGCAAAUGACAGUGAAGAUGAUGAUACUGCUGAGUUCCGAAAAUGUAUCCGCGUUUUAGCUGAUAAAGUUGGUAUUUUGUUGAGGCAACAUGAAGAGCUGCUUGUCAAGCAUCCAAAAGUUGAAGCUACUAAUGAAAAGCUUAGGAAGGAAUUGGAGGAUAAAGCAAAUCAGGUCAAAGCUUUAUGCAAUAAGCACCAACAGGAGAAGCAGGCAAACAAAGAAAAGAUCUCUUUUGGUCGCCUGGAAGUUCAUGAGAUUGCUGUCUUUGUCCUCAACGCAUCAGGACAAUAUCAGGCAAUUACAAGGGAUUGCUCAAACUACUACUUAUCUACUGAAUGUGUGGCCCUGUUUGCCGACCGCCUUCCUAGCCGACCCAACUACAUCAUUGGACUGAUUGUUCAUAUUGAACACCAAGUUGUGAAGGCCACGCCUCCAACUUCCCCUCGGCCUGAGCGUGCUAGGGCAGAUCAACUGAUCUCUGACAUGGGAACUGAUCGGUUGACCUUGAAUUCAGGAUCAGCUUCAAACCCAUAUAGUCUCCCCGUAGGCUGUGACUAUUUCGUAGUGACAGUAGCAAUGUUGCCUGAUAGAACCACUCAUUUACCCGCUUCCUGAUCCUGCACAUGAUCCUUGAUAGAUAUGGAUGGGACGUGAGGGAAGUAAUCAAUUGUAUAUAAAGUCGUCAUUUCAAGUUGGAAUUCUCUUUGUGGAAGCUGAACUUAUUAACCAUUUGUACAUAUGAUGAUCCAUUGUUUUAGUUGGCCCCCUUACAUAUUUC